AUGGCUGCUCGGUUGCCCGCGUUCCUGCCUCUGCUCCCGUUACUGCUGCUGUUGCUACCGGGCCGGGGCCCACCGGGGGCCAUGGGUAACCGGCACGCCGUGCACUGGAACAGCUCCAACCUGCACCUGCGGCGGGAGGGUUACACGGUGCAGGUGAACGUCAACGACUACCUGGACAUCUACUGCCCGCACUACAACGCCUCGGUGCCCGAGCACCGGCUGGAGCAGUACGUGCUCUACAUGGUGAACGCGGAGGGCUACCGCACCUGCAACACCAGCCAGGGCUUCAAGCGCUGGGAGUGCAACCGGCCCCACGCGCCCCACAGCCCCAUCAAGUUCUCGGAGAAGUUCCAGCGCUACAGCGCCUUCUCGCUGGGCUACGAGUUCCGCGCGGGGCAGGAGUACUACUACAUCUCCACGCCGACGCACAACCACCGCCGAGCCUGCCUGAAGAUGAAGGUGUUCGUCUGCUGCGCCUCCACGUCGCACUCCGGGGAGAAGCUGGCACCCACCCUGCCGCAGUUCACCCUGCGGCCCGAGGUGAAGAUCGAGGACCUGGAAAACUUCAACCCGGAGAUGCCCAAGCUGGAGAAGAGCAUCAGCGGUACCAGCCCCAAGCGGGAACACUUGCCCCUGGCCGUGGCCGCCGCGCUCUUCCUCAUGACGCUGUUGGCCUCCUAG